CUCGCCAUCAACACGGUGUGCUCUUGCGCGGAGCCGUCUGUUGUGUGUCGGCUUUGUGCGUACGGGGUUGUCAAAAAUAGCUAGGAAAAGCAGGCAUUUAAUCCGUUCGCCAAAUUGAUCACGAUGGCGUUGUAACGAAACUCCAUUGCGCCAUCCGUGAAGGGCCCCUGGCUGGACGUAAAAGCAUGAGCGCCAUCAGUGCGGAUACGGUGUUGGACUUGGAGCGCACGAUGACUUUCGUCAAAGAUCCUUGCGGCAUCGUUUGUGUGCUGGUCACCUACAUGGCCGUUUUGUACGCAGACUAUGUGGUAACGCAUUGGAUAAUUCUACAGACUAUGCCCAACAGCCUCUGGGCACCGUUUCAUGUGGUGGCGUUCAACACGAUAGUGUUCCUGCUGGCCAUGGCGCAUCUGAAGGCGGUCCUGCUCGACCCGGGAACGGUACCCCUACCCCAAAUUCGCAUCGACUUUUCCGACCUCCACUCGGAGAAAAACUACAACCACGAGCGGGAAGAGUGGACCAUGUGUACGCGGUGUGAAACGUACCGGCCACCGAGGGCACAUCACUGCCGCAUCUGCAAACGUUGCAUCCGCCGAAUGGACCACCACUGCCCGUGGAUUAACAACUGCGUCGGCGAGCGGAACCAGAAAUAUUUCCUACAGUUCCUACUGUACGUGUGCGCCCUGGCAGUGUACUCGAUCUUCCUGAUCGUAAUAUCGUGGCUGUAUCCGUGCGAGGAUUGCCAUGUAGACGUCUCGCAGGCACAAAGCCGCAUGAUGCACAGUGUCCUGCUGCUGCUGGAGUCGGCCCUCUUCGGGCUGUUCGUGAUAGCGAUCAUGGUCGAUCAGAUGCACGCGAUCCUGUACGACGAGACGGCGGUCGAGGCGGUACAGCAGAAGGGCCCGUACCGGAUUCAUCGACCAAAGAUGGCCCUGCUGGCGGAGGUCUGUGGCCGUGGGCACCCGAUGCUGUGGAUGUUACCGUGUACGAGUCUCAAUCGGAAGCAUCGCGACGUACCGCUGCUCAGUCACGACGUGUGAACCCUUUUUGUGGAGGCUUCAUUUGCAUGCAUACUUUUGACGAACAGUGACCUCUCCUGCAUUAAGGCUGAUAAAAGUGAUUCUUGGGAAGCGGGUUAAAGACGUAGCGAGCGUAAGCGAAAGCGUAGGGUAGGUGGCAAGCAAGGUUGCGAAUCAAAUAUUUAUACCAAUGCCUACUUCAUUACCAGGCCCAGACAUGGAAGGCCCUAUUUGCAUUAUCGUGCAUUUAUGAUCGUUCCUUCGCUAAUUAGUUUUUGCCACACUUACCUCUUGGCUGUGCUACGCGGAAUGCAAUUGUAAUGCGUUUCAAUGCGUGCACCAACGAUUUUCCCACCAUAAAAAUUCCAACGCCAGUGAAACGGUGUUGGUUUCAAACUAUUUUAUGGUAAAAUAAUCCAUCUUUUGUGAUCAAAUGGCUCGAACAUUUCUGUGUUUGAUUUAGUUCUUUUUUGUGAGGUGCCGGUGCUCAUGGAAUUUUGUUUUUCUUCCCAAUAUUGUAUUUAAGCAAACCACAGGUGAACGUAUGGCGUUCUUAUGGCUUCUUUGUUGUGGCAAG